AUGUCGGCGGAAGGGGGCGUGCUCACCGAGGCGAAUCUGGACGUGGGAAAUAGGGCCGAGUGGAUCAAAUACCUGGGAACGUUCACGAACUCCGAAGACAUGGCCAAUGCUGUAUAUGAUGCAGUUAAGACCAAUUGGUCAGAUGGAGCUAUCUCGCAGCCCCAGUUGGUUCUUGCUGAUCUGAUAGAAGUUUUCUUCCCAACGGGGAACUACACAACAGUUUACUUCAGGAACCUUGCAAAGGAAGAAGGGGUCACAGAAAUUGGCCCUGAAAUGUGCACUAGGAGCAUAUCCACGCCCAUGGAGCCUACGAUCCCGCCCUGUCAAUGACCACCUUAGAUGAACAUUAAGACGAUUGAAGCUUUAGUGCUCGCAAACAGCGCAAGCUUAUUAGUGGGAGUGUUGGAAUUAUUCUAAUUUCUAGGUUGCUGACAAGGUGACUUGAACGCCAGUGUUUUGUUAAGUGU